CCUGACGUCAUUUCUCCACCAGGAACCUCCUUGAGUUUGGACCCUUGGACACGUUCCCGGAUUCGGGAAGUUGUUGUCUUUUGUCAGUCGAGCUGCACGCGUGAAGGUUUCUUAAAGAGCACGAAUUUAGCACUCGUUGGAGCAACAAAAUACAAACAUGCUCCUAUACACCCGACUGUGUCUGGUUGUUUUACUAAGCGCUGCUGCCGGCGGUUCCUCCUCCGCAGCAGACAAGCUGACCGCCGCCACCGCGUACUGGGACCCCACCCUGAAGACGGUCCGGCUGAAGGAGGGCACGCUGGAGCCCACGGGGGACGCCUACGGCUACCUCAACGACACCCUGCUGACCACCGGCUGGGGGGUGCUGGAGAUCCGGGCGGGGUAUGGCCAGAGCCUCCAGCCCGAUGACAUCACCUUCUUUCUGGCCGGCUACCUGGAAGGCUACCUCACCGCCCAGCAGAUCAUGGACCACUACACCAACAUGUAUCCUCAACUCAUCCAAAGCCCCGAGGUCCUGAGCAAAGUGCAGAAGUUCAUGAAGCAGCAGGACGAGUGGAGCCGGGAGCAGGUGCGGCUGAACCAGAGCUCGGACCCCCUGUGGAGGCACACGGGCUUCAUCCUGGCCCAGAUGGACGGGCUGCAGGCGGGCGUGGCCCACUGGGCCAAGCAGCACGGACAGCAGCCCCUGUCGCUGUUCGCCAUCCAGUUCCUGAACGCGGUGGGGGACCUGCUGGACCUGAUCCCGGCUCUGGCCCCGGGGGUCCGCCGCCCCGUGGGGGGCCUCCGCUGGCCGGAGAUGGGCCACUGCUCCGCCCUCAUCAAGAUGUCGCCUGGCUUUGAGAACCUGUUCUUCGCCCACUCCAGCUGGUACACCUACGCCGCCACCUCGCGGAUCUACAAGCACUGGGACUUCAACGUCCGCGACGCGCACGCCGCCACGGGACAGCUGUCCUUCAGCAGCUACCCUGGGUUCCUGGUGUCUCUGGACGACUUCUACCUGCUGGGCAGCGGCCUGAUGAUGACCCAGACCACCAACAACAUGUUCAACGCCUCGCUGUACGCCCUGGUGACCCCCAAGAGCCUGCUGGCAUGGCAGAGGGUCCGGCUAGCCCACAGCCUGGCGCGCACCGGCCAGGAGUGGGCUGAAACCUUCGCCACGCACAACUCGGGAACGUACAACAACCAGUACAUGGUGGUGGACCGCCAGCGGGUGAAGCUGGGCCACUGGGUGGAGGAUGGAGCGCUGACCGUGGUGGAGCAGAUCCCCGGCCUGGUGGAGUACUCUGACCAGAGCCAGGCCCUGCGCCGAGGCUACUGGCCGUCCUACAACGUCCCGUUCCACCGCAGGAUCUACGAGCUGAGUGGCUACCCCGCCGCCGUCGAGCAGUUUGGGGACAUCUUCUCCUACGACCUUUGCCCCCGCGCCAAGAUCUUCCGCCGGGACCAGGGGCGGGUCACGGACCUGGACUCCCUCAAACACAUCAUGCGCUUUAACGAAUACAAGACAGACCCGUACUCUGAGGGCGACGCCUGCAAGACCAUCUGUUGCCGGGGCGACCUGCUGGAGUCGAAGCCCAUGCCGGGCGGUUGCUAUGACACCAAGGUGACAGACUUCCCCAUGGCGGGGGAGUUCCAGGUAGAGGCGGUCAACGGUCCGACCACACAGGGGGGUCUGCCAGCCUUCGCCUGGAGCGGCCCCUUCAACGCCACUCUGCACCAGGGCCUGCCCCCGUCCUACAACUACACCUUCAUCGUUAUGAGGCCCAUCCUCUUCACACCCUGAGGAGCGUGCGUGCGCGUGUGAGUGCGUGUGUAUGUCUUUGUGCGUGCGUGUAUGUGUGUGCAUGCGUUUAUGUGUGUGUGUCUUAACACGACCAACAUUGAAGGAACUCUUUCUGUAUGAUAUGAAAUCUGCAUAAUCAACAAAGUAUUUUUCUCAGGGGAUAAAGUACACCAAAGUGCAUUAAAUGGCGACAAUCUUUUGCUGUCUGUAUCUGUUGGAUUCCUCCGGGUUCUGGUCUGAUGUUCUUAGGACGUGACAGGGCUGUCUUCUCUGUCGCCACAGCGUCUUGGUGAACAGAAUCCCGGCGACAGACUUCCCUCUCUUUUUAAACUGCUGUAGCAGCCGGCUAGGUGGCUGUCACACUCCACCUAGGUGUACGCACGGAGUACGCAGGCGCACGCUGGCAGCCGCUUACGUGUUGGCAGACGCUUCCAGAGAAAUUCCAGAGAAGUUCGUUGGACUGGAUUUUUAUCUUUUUGUUUUUAACAUUGUCCUGGCUUUUACCUACCCUAACCUGCUUUCCCUGAGGUUCGACUUCUUGGGCACCCAGCAUUUGACCAGCCUCACUCGAGCCCUCUCUGCCGAGACCGUCACAGUUCUCUCCGGCGUGUCGGUGUGUAAGUUUCCCCUUCCUCCCUGUUUACGCUCGGUUGCAUCUCGCUAGGGUUGGUUGGCUUUGACCCGCCAUCACUAGCGUAGGCUACUGUACUGUCUAUGUGUUUUGCUUGUUAACCCUGUGGUCCAUGGAGGUUUGAGUAUGCGCACCAUGCUGUACAUUCCAGUCCUUCUACGGACUCUUAGGCCUUUCACACCAAAAAUAACCAAGAGCCAGUUCCGGGCUGGUGCUAGGGCCAGUUCAAAACGGGUUCCAGCCUUAUCUCAGUUAUGAACCGGUUGGUUUCACACCGGCCAGAGCCAGCCAUGGAGCCGGCAAGAGCAACGUCAUGACGUCACUGCAAACGUCUGCAUACGUCUCCGCUUUCAAAGAUAGCCUUUGUCCGGGUUGCUCCCUCUAACUUGAUCUGGACCUCGGAAGAAGACCAGAAUCCAAGGAGACAGGUUGCCUCCUCCACGGUCCUCUGCGUUUUUGUCUUCACGUCCAUUGUUCACUUGCCGGUCUUCGUUGGUCUUCCUCUUUAUGAAGGUAAGGAUAACCCCGCCCCCUGCCCCUGGCGUAAAGGCAGUUCUCGUUCUAGCCCAGCUCAAUCCUGGGGUUGGAGUUGAACCGUUUUUUACAGGCCGGAGCCGGUUCUCUUGCGUUGUGAAACCAAAACCCGGUCUCAUUUAUAACCGUUGCGUACGCACAAAACAGAGCUGAAAGUGUUAUACGUGACUUUCCACGCCAAGGUUGUGAUCUAUAAAAAACUUACUUGACUGGAGAAUGUGCGCAGCCCUAAGCAAACUCUGACCCAUGCGUACGCAUGGUUUGGAGGAAAAGGUGAAUUGGCGACACAGACGGUGUGGUGGUGAACUGAAGUCAGACUGAAGAAAUGUAGAGUGAGAAGAACGAUUAUGUUUUAUCAUCGGCCCUUGAUAAGUUUAAUUUCAACCUGUAUCCUGCGUUAAAUCUAUGCAAUCAGAAUAAUUUAAGUCAACUGCGUUAUUUCUCAGUUAUAACUCCAGAAACAUCUCCUUAGAAUCGAAAUCAAAAUUCUAAAUCAAAAUUCGCUAUAUUUAAUCCCGUCACUCCAUACUGUCCACUGACGGCGCGACUGCAUGGAAUAAAGCAUCUGUCCAACAUGUGUCAAUAACACAAUAUUUUUAUGUGACACUGUAAACACAUAAUCAAAUGUCAAUUAAAUCCCAAGUGUGGAAAUCCAAGCCACACUCCCUAUCACAAUCGUUAUAUUAUUGUCCGUUCCUCUUGAUGCUUUUAAUGACAAAUCAGGCAUUAAAAGGGGGUUAUGUUCAAGAACAUUUUACGUGGGUGAUUACAGACUGAUUAUCCAAGGUGUUCUCGGUCCGUCUUAUUACCAUAACCCUAUAAAUACAGCGGUGAGCCCCGUGCGUAAUGCUGCACCAUGCCUUGCUGGAGGACCAUGCAAAUGGCAGGAUUCGGAGGGAGAGGGUCUUCGGGGACCAUAACGAUUUAUUGGUACAUAAAAAUAUGUACCUUUAUGUCAGACCACUUCUUUUUUUAAUUCUGGAACCGUGCACUCCGUGCCAUUGACAGAGUUCACUGCUGCAGCAAAAUGACCACCGAACAAAACUACUUUUCGGGCCUCCACCUCACCCACAAGGGUCUCCGCUUCAACCUCCGUGAAAUUUUGCUUUUUUGCUUUUCUCAGUCCUUCUGCCAUUGUUUCAGACAAGACAUAAUACUUGCAUCUGAGUCUGUUUUAUAUGCAGAUCGCAUUCAUAAGGUCGUUUGCAUUGACCAUUUAUGGUUAAAAAGGGACGUGUACAGGGCGGAACGUGAAGCUGAUUCAGCUGCGCACACUUGUAGGCACUCUGUGAUUUAUAAAGCAAAGAUUGCUUAGAGGUGUGUGUACGCAGGGUUUUAUAAGUCUGAAUAUUUUUUGGCGCACGCAAAACUUGGCUUUUGGGCGUACGUACACUUUUAGUAACGAUCCCACGCACAGCUUUAUAAAUGAGACCCCUGGUGUCAUUCCCACCUUCAUCUCGGCAUGGCCCUCCCGCUCGUCGACUAGGCGUCGAUGGCAUGAAAAGCCUGUGCCCCAGAAUCUUCUCCAACUGUCUGCGUCUGCAACAUCUACUACGCUCAUCCCGGUGCUUUGGUCUCCUCGCCCACCGACUGCCAGGUCUCCCCUGACGCGUGGAGCGAACACAACCCUUCUCCGUCCACUGAAGUACGAGGGUCUCACGUCGUCUACGCCACCCGAGCUACUCGCACCUGUUAAAAUUGCUCUGUUUAAUGCCCGGUCCAUAGUUGAUAAGGCAUUUAUCCUAAAUGACGUUUUUACCACUAGGAAACUGGAUGUACUUUUCAUAACAGAAACAUGGCUCAAUGCAAAUUAUCUCACUCCACUUGGAGAGCUAUGUCCUCCCCACUGUGGUUUUCUGAACACUCCCAGGGCCUCUGGCCGUGGAGUUGGCCUAGCCACUAUAUUCAAUAAUAACACUUUUAAAUGUCGUUUUUUGCCCACAAUUGCCUACUCCUCAUUUGAAGUGCAAUUACUACUGCUUAAUGUUCACCUGCCUAUACUAUGUGCUUUGGUAUACAGACCUCCUAAAACUACUGGUAGCCUAUUUAUUAAUGAGUUUACUCAUCUUCUCUCCUCCAUGGCCUCCCGAUCAUAAAUUGUUGAUUGUUGGGGAUUUUAACAUCCACAUAUGCUGUCCGACUAAACCAAUGGUCAAUGAGUUAAUGAAUGUUUUAGAAUCUUUUAACCUAACACAGUCAGUGUCUGGUCCAACCCAUCAAAGGGGCCAUACUUUAGACCUUGUUUUCUCCUCUGGUUUUGAUGUGGCCAAUCUCUCCGUCUCUGAUAUAGCUGUAUCAGAUCAUCACCUGAUUGAGUUUGAGUCCACUUUGGGCGUGGUCGUGUGUGUGUACGCCCCGCCCCCUCCCCCACUCAGCCUCCCUCUCUCUCGCGGAUCUUAAACCCGGCCACGGCGUCAAAAUUCUCUUUCCCCACCUGCUCAAACACUGACGACUUGGCCUCUCUCUUUAACUCAGCCUGCACGGACACUUUGAAUCAAGUUGCACCUCUGAAACCUAGAAGAGGUGCAACUUGGUCUCACCCUGGCUAAAUGUCAACACCCGUGCUCUCCGGCGUGUCUGCAGACAAGCUGAACGCAAAUGGAAGAAGGACAAGCUCCAAAUCUCCUAUGAUCUUCUGCGUGAUAGCCUAAACCGCUAUCAACUCGCUGUUAAAACGUCUAAAACUAAAUACUAUGCUGAGAUAAUUAAUAAGCAAGCUCACAGACACAAAGUGCUUUUUAAAACCAUUAACUUAAUCUUAAAACCUCUAGCCCACACUAUUGAAAGCUCCACUGAAGCCUGUGAAAACCUUUUAAUUUAUUUUAUUCAGAAAAUUGACUCAAUCAGAGCCAAUAUCCUUAUUUCUUCUCUUGACCCUGCAGACCCUCAACCUCUCACCAGCAGCCAUCUUCAGCACUUUGCACCAGUCUCUUCUUCGGAGCUAUCUCAGGUAGCCUCACGGAUGAAGCCCACUCAUUGCCCCUCAGAUGUCAUUCCCUCUCAGCUCUUCAGAGAUAUCUUUGCCAUUAUUUGUCCUUUCAUUCUGGCAAUAGUAAACAGCUCACUAGCCACUGGUGUUGUCCCUUCAACUUUCAAGUAUGCUACUGUGCAACCUCUUCUAAGAAAGUCUUCCCUUGACUCAAGCGACUUGAAAAAUUACAGAUCCAUCUCAAAACUGCCUUUUAUCCAACAUUUUGGAGAAAGUCGUUUUCCAGCAACUCACAGCAUAUUUGAACAGUUUUGAUUUAUUAGAUGAAUUCCAAUCUGGUUUUAGAGCUAUUCACUGCACUGAAUCUGCCUUACUGAAAGUUUACAAUUACCUUCUGCUUUGCACUGACUCUAGUUCCUGCGCCAUUUUAGUUUUAUUAGAUCUUAGUGCCGCAUUUGACACUAUUGAUCAUGACAUCCUACUGCAGAGGCUGGAACAUAGAUUUGGGCUGGAGGGCACUGUUUUAACCUGGUUCACCUCUUACCUGACAGACAGGACUUUUUCAGUUAAGUUGGGACGUUACUCCUCUUCCUCUGCCACUAUGAAGUUUGGGGUCCCCCAAGGUUCAAUCCUUGGCCCCCUCCUCUUCUCCUCUCUCUACAUGCUUCCCUUGAGUUCCAUCUUUGACAAAUAUGGCAUCCAGUACCACUGCUAUGCUCUCUUUCUACUUAUUUUCUACUUAUUUUAUGCAUUUCUUUUUUAGUCAAGACCUAUGUAUCCCUGGGCCCCUUUCAACAACUGUCCUGCCCAACCCUGAUUUCUGCAAAUGUAAAGCGCUUUGGGUCAACUCCUGUUGUUUUUAAAUGUGCUAUAUAAAUAAAAGUGACUUGACUUGACUUGACUUUUUCUAUUCCGUCCAUUAAAAUGUGUCAAAAUGUAGGUGAUGGGAAGCUGUUCCUAAAACGCUCAAGGACACACAUGACCAGUGCAGUGUUUGAUUCACUGCUGCUACUGUCAGUGAAUCGCAUAAGCCACGAGGAACGUUGAUGUAGAUAUAUAUUUAGAUUUGUAUACAUUUAUUUUCAUUUAUCAAUGUUUUGGAUGACUUUACAAUGCAGCCUUUCACUUGAAAUAUCUGAUUAAAAAGUGUUCUAAAAAAAAACUGGAUUUCUCUUUCAUUGUCACUGAGUGAUUUCUGGGUGUCAUUGCUGUGGUGGGGUGAUGCAUGAUGACUUCCUUAGGCGUUAAACAAGAACAUCCAAACACCCCCAACAUGUAUCACCUGAAGCAUCAAAUCAACCUAAUUAAUGCUUCCCUUCUUUCUUUAAAUUUAGGGAUCACAUUCAGAAUAGUGCUACCAUUUGUGGAAUACAUUCAGCUGCUUUGUUGACUGUUAAGUAGACCACAGUACAGUAUAGUUUAUUAUGUGGAAUAUGAAAAUGAAUCAUGCAUCUCUAUCUUUCCUUUCUCUCUUCUCUCUCUCUUUCUUUCUAUCUCUCCCCCCACCCCCAUCCCCAGGGAGAUACUGAUUCACCCUCUACUUGAAAAAAGAGGAACUGAACCUUUUUUUAGGGCAUAGUGUCUCUCUCACUCUCUGUAU